AAGUAAAUAUAUUAUUAAUAGAGUACAGGGGUACUCUAAACCCAUUACAUUACUAAUACAUAAAGUUCCAUUCAUAGCAAAAGCUCCCAGAAAUAUGACCGGGGCCUACAACAACAGAAAGUCAUUAAUCACAGGUUUUUCAAAGCAUUUACCUGCCUUUAGGGGCAUGGAUCCAUCAUACUUCUACCGGGGUCAAACCUUCUUCCAUGAUAUCCAUUGUGUGCUAAAUAAUCUCAAACUCGUUGCUGCACUCUCAUGUAGCCUUCUUUUGGUUAACGCCAUUUGUCUUGCACAAGAUGUGGCCAUCCUUUACCGUCACCCACGGCACCUUGACCACAGUCUAACCCUCCAUGUGAUGCCUUCAUCCGUGCUAGCCACAUUCAAGUGCAAGGCUUGUGAGGAUUCCAGCACUGGAUUCUACUAUAAUGCUGCUGCUGAUGUAAAUCAAAGUGUAAACCGGGUUGAAAGUUUUCAUAGUCCUACACAGAAUCUGAAAAAUGGUCAGACUCAUGAGUUCUUUGGGAGUGCACUGAAUUCCGGAGGACUAAAAGAUGAUGCAGAUAAAUCAAGUCUGCUUUCGCCUGUAAGCUAUCAGAAUAGUGAUGGAUGUUUUUUAAUUGAUUUAGCAGGGUCACAUUCAAGUUUUGAUCGUAUUAAUAGAGCAGCGAGGCAGGGAAGUCCUUCGAACAUAAAUGCUCAUCCUCAUGGGAAAGAAGCAAUCAGGGCUCAGAACAGUGCAAUGCUUGACAGGAUUACAAGCAAUUUGCAUGAAACCAAACAAGAAUUUAGUCAUGCAAGGAGGGAUUUUGGUUUUCAAGAAAAUGAUCCGAGGUUUGGGCUGAAAGAAGCAUUCUUGGCCGGGAACAGCUUUGGCAUGGGAAGAGAAAUGAGCUAGAGAGAUGGAAAGAAAACAAAUGAAUCCAGGAGGAUGUCAUCAAGCAAUAGAGAUAGGAGCAAUCAAUCAGAAAGUGUAAGGACUUCCUUUGACUUUCCCUUAAAUGUUUACAUAUUUGAUCUCUCCUGCAUCUUUUGAGGACUAAUAAUGUCUAGAAAUGACA